GCGGACCGAAGCAGCAGCACGCCGCAGAAAAAGAAGAAGCUGUGAUGGCGCGGAGCAGCACGUAAACAGAUGUGAACAGAUGUUUUAGCGCAUAGAAACAGGACAGCUGCUCCGACAGAGACCCGAGGAAGAGAUGAGAGAGAGCGGAGUCAGAAGGCGCGACGGGACGGACUGAGGCUGCAGAGAGAGGCGCACUGACGGUUAGGGAGCUCCGCUAACACCGCUGCUAACAGCUAACACAUGCUAACAGCGGUUAACAGCUACAACCCGCUGCUGGAGGUCCGCCUCACCAGGUGUCCAGGUUCUGCUCUAACUGCUGAGUGGAUCUGUGUGACCCAUCCGAGUAGCGAUGGCGGCACGUGGGCGGGGGCAGAGGAUGCUAAGUUUCACUAUGGAAACAGUCAAAGGAGAUGCUCCACCUCCAUCGGUGCAGCAGCCCACACCUGUGUUUCCUGUGAUGGAGCGGAAGCCCCUCCCCCUGACAGGCGGGGAGGAGGCGGAGUAUCUGUUGGCCCUGAAGCAGGAUUUCAGAGGCGCCAUGAGGAGUCUGCCCUGCUUCAUCCAGCCGCUGGUGACUCACAGAGAUGUGGAGCGUUACUCUGAUAAGUACAACAGAAGCGAGCAGAUGGACAAGCUGCUGGACUGGGCUCCAGGUGAGGCUCCGCCCACAGCAAGUGAUUAA